AUGGACCUCAUCCUCGAAUACUGCGACGAGUACGCCUUUGACGCGGCGUACGCCUACCUCUUCCCCUCCCCCUCCUCCUCCCCUCUCUCCUCCUCCAACGCAACUUCAUUCUCUCCAGUAUCGAAAUACGCGCGCGACGCGAUCCCCCGCCAAACCGCCUCGCUCUUCAUCAUUGCCCUCACAGCCGCCCUAUCCCUCUACUUCCUAUUCUGCACCCUCUCCUACUAUACCCUCUACGACCGGCGGCUCGAGCAUCACCCAAAGUUCCUAGUCAACCAGAAACGGCAGGAGAUUAUCUCUUCCCUCAUCGCCGCACCCGUCAUCGACGUGCUCACGCUCCCAUGGUUCCUUGGCGAGGUUCGCGGUUACAGCAAGUUGUAUAACCGCGUUAGCGACUAUGGCUGGGGUUACUUUUGCUUCUCGGCGAUUUGGUUCCUCGUGUUCACCGACUUUCUGAUUUACUGGAUCCACCGGCUUGAGCACCACAAGCUCAUCUACAAGUACGUGCACAAGCCGCACCACAAGUGGAUUGUGCCAACGCCGUACGCCGCACUCGCGUUCCACCCGGUCGACGGCUACGCCCAGUCGCUUCCCUACCACAUCUUCGUCUACCUCUUUCCCAUGCACCGCCUCCUCUACCUUGGCAUGUUCGGUUUCGUGCAGUUCUGGACGAUCCUGAUCCACGACGGCGACAUGAUCUCGGGCCACCUCUUUGAAAGGUACAUCAACAGCCCCGCCCACCACACGCUGCACCAUCUCCACUUUACCGUCAACUACGGACAGUACUUUACGUGGGCGGACAAGGCUUUUGACAGCCACCGCGACCCCCGGCCCGAACUGGACCCCAUCCACGAGAGUCUUAAGGCUAUGCGGGCCAAGGGGCUGGCCGAGGACGGGACGCCGCUUAAGAAGACGCAGUGA